GAAUUUCCCUUUUUCUUUCUCUUUCUCUUUCUCUUUCUCUCUGGAAUUUUCAAUAUUCCUCUCCUCUCUCUCUCUCUCUUAACUUCUCUUUCUCUCUCUAAAAUCUUCACUUCCCAGCUUUUCCAAUCUGCUUUCUUUGACUCGAUAAGGGUGUUGUCGUCGACGAUUCACCACCACAAUAAGUUUCCAUUUCUACCCAUUUCGUCGCACCGUGAUCGCUUCACUCUGUGUUGCAUGAGCUGCCAUUUCUCACGCAGCGAUAAGAAGUUCUCUACUAAUAUCAAAUUCUUUACAAAGGAUGGGGUGUUUCACUGUAUUGAAGAGCAAGAAGAAAAAGUCUGAUCAGAUUGCGUAUGUAAAACGUGCAAGCCAAAAAGAGCAUGUACCUACAGUACUGCCUGAACCUCAAACUCAUACUCGCUCACUUCAGUCUGCACCUCCUAGUUUUAGGACCAGAGUGAAACCCAUUCAAUCCAUUAAUAAAGUCACUAACAAUAGAACACGAGCAUUAUCUGCUCCAUCAACGCUUGAUGCAGCAGAACAAGAUGCUUUGGCUGCUGUUGAGUAUGAAGAACAAGAAGAGCCAAAAUACAGAACUGGAUCAAUGAAGGAGCAGCAUUCAUCUAGUCCACAGCCUUUACCGCUUCCAUCUCCUCAGGGCAGUGGUGCACUGAAGGCUUAUGCCAGUUUCAAGUUGGGGACAGCUAGUGGUCCUCUAAAUGCUUCUGGUCCUUUGCCACUUCCACCUACUGGGUCACUUCGGAAUUUUCCGUAUGACGAAAUUGCUGCUGCUUGCCACCAUUUCACUUCUGAUCGAUACAUGUCAGAAUCUCUUUCGUCCACCAUAUAUAAAGCUUCCUUUGGUGAUGAUCCUUCAAGUUCAAAGAAGUUUGAAGCUACUGUCACGCGCCUUCACCCAUCAUCUCAGGGCUUGAAGGAAUUCAUAAAUGAGGUUAAUACUCUCGCAACUCUGCAGCAUCCAAACCUCUGUAAGUUGCUAGGAUUUCAUGCACGUGAUGGUUCAGAACAUAGACUGUUGGUUUAUGAGAGGCUAUACCAUGGAAGCUUGGACCGCUUAUUAUACGGGAGAUCUGAUGGGCCAUCAAUUGAUUGGAAUACAAGAAUGAAAAUUGCAACGUGUGCUGCACAAGGCCUUACUUUCUUGCAUGAAGAAGGGCCUUUUCAGGCAAUGUAUAAUGAAUUCUCAACAGCCAACAUACAAAUUGACAAGGAUUUCAGUGCCAAGCUCUCAGGAUAUGGUUGCGUUGGACAUAUUCCCGAAGAAGAGAUUUCAAGCAGUUCACCUGCUGUUGGAAACCUUUCAAUGGAGACUUUGGAGAAAGGAAUGCUUACUCCAAAGAGCAAUGUUUGGAGCUUUGGAAUUAUUCUUCUGGAGCUACUCACUGGAAGAAAGAAUUUUGAUAGCCGGCAUCCCAAGGAAGAGAGGAAUUUAGUCAAGUGGAGCAAGCCCUUCCUUGCUGAUAAUUAUCGUCUGUCAUUGAUCAUGGAUCCUCAACUCAAAGGUCGCUUUCCUUCUAAAGCGGCGAGAACAAUAGCUGACAUUGCACAGAGAUGCCUUCAAAAGGAGCCAUCCGACAGACCCACCAUGAGAACUGUUGUUGAGCAGCUCAAAACGAUACAGGAUGUGAAAUACUCUUGCAGGUUCCCACUGCAGGAACCUGCACCAUUCUCUGGAAAAAAUAUGUCAAGAUCACCAAGUCUUAAUGGCAUCGUCUGCCCUGCCCCGAAGUUUAGUUACUCCCCUUCGCCACCAUCACUCGCCCCGGCAUCUGUCUCACCUCCAAGAUGGUCUGGAGUGCCCCUCCUCCUUCCGCCCCGUGCUUGUUCUUCUACUCUCGCUUUGGAGGAGCUUGAUAGGCAAGAAAGCCGCAAGUCAUCAUCCUCAGCCUCUAGGAGGGCUAGUGUUGAAGGAUUUUGAUUGUCUAUAAUGUUCAUUUUUUAUUUAUUAUUAUUUUCUCGGUGUGGUUCAACACAAAUUUAUAGGAGAUAAAGUUGUGGUUCUUCCACCUUUUAAUCCCCUCAGUGUGAUGCUGAGAGGAUGUUCUUUUGUAGAUAGUGCAAAGGUUGUUCUGACUGGGCACAGUCAGUAACCUCAUUUAUAUGAAAGGUAUAUGGUCUUUAGCA